UAUUCUUUCCACCGAACCAGCAGUUGCCCGUGACGCGGGGACGAGUGUUGUCGCUUGGGUACACGUUCUCGUGCAAGACAUGUUACGAUUCUAGUGAAUUUACUUUUCAAUUUCUGGGGGAUUGGAUUUUUUUACGUAUAGGUAACAGGAUCAACAGCCGCAUCAAUGAUGAAAUUACUGGCCGGUGUGGAGGAGAUCAGCGAAGAUGGCACGAGUGAAAUUAACGAUACCCAAGCGACAAAUAACAACAAUAAACCGUCGGAGAAAAAGCCGUUUCACAAUAAGGCAGCUCACGUGAGACCAAAACAGCCGGCGGGGUCUCCAAUAAAAGGAGAAGUGACGCCUGAAGAUGAAGAACGAAUGAGGCGUCUUCUGCCCAUUGAGGAAGCUCCGGAGUAUCUCACACAUAAUCCCUUCAUCCUGCACGGAUAUCGAGGCUAUUUAACGACAAAAUUAUGUAUAGAAAGUAUUUUCUGGUGGACGAAUGAAACCAUCAACAUAUGGAGUCACAUCUUCGGUUGGAUGCUCUUUCUCGGGCUGACUCUGUACGACCUCUGUUUAUUGAAUAUUCACGCACCUUUCGGUGAUAAAAUCAUCGUGGCCCUUCUACUCGUUUGCUUUCAGGCCUGCAUGAUUUUAUCAUCAGUCUACCACACAUUCUCCUGCAGAAGUGAGAUGGACUACUGGUGUUUUCUGUGUUACGACUUGUUCGGUAUUGCAUUCAGUCUCCUGGCGAUUUACAUGUCAGGGGUUUAUUACGCUUUCUGGUGCCACAAGGAUCUCCAGCAGUUUUACUUGAUCACAGUCCUCUUGAUAUUCGUACUCGCAAUGGUACUGCAGAUGCCUAGUCUCGAGGUCAAUGGCAAUGUGAAACUUCUGGUGUUCGUAGGAUGGGCAAUUUAUGGAGUCCUACCGACAUUGCACUGGGGCAUUACCAUGGGGGGCAUGGAGAACCCCAUGGUUAAAAUGCUGGUACCCAGGGUUUUGGGGAUGUACGUCAUCAGUGGUGUUGCAUUUGCCAUAUAUCUCACUAAAAUUCCGGAAAGAUGGUUCCCUGGCUCGGUAGAUUACAUCGGCUCGUCUCAUCAAUGGUGGCAUGUCCUUGUCGUGCUGGCACUCUAUUACUGGCACAAUACUGGCAUGAUUUAUGUGGAGUACAGAAUGAAUCAUGGGUGCCCCAGCAAUAUGGUAUUAUGACAUGAGGGCAUGGACGGCGACUCAGACUCUUUUGCCCAUCACACGUGUUCUCAGGGCUUGACUCCAGAGCUGCCCGAUUGGUUCCAGGAGACAUCGUUCUACGCCGAUAAAUCUGAAAAUGUAUGCUUCCUGGAUCCACUCAGCGUAUACAUGAACUACUGAUUUAGACAGACAAAAUUUCAGUGGACGAAAGAAACUCAGUAGUAAAGUGUAACAUCCUCUACUUUGUAAUUCAUCCUUCAGCCAGCAGACAUUGUCAUCCAUUCAAGGAUUUCAUUUAUUUAAUAUUAACCAAUAGCAGCAGCAACGGCACGACGUCACCUCAGAUAACCAGACAGAAAUGUCGAAUUUCAAAGUAAAUAUUUUGUAGAUAUUCCAUUCUCAUAUUAUUUCUCAUGCAUUUGUUGCUACCUCCAUUGUUCUUGAAUUGUUGUUUCACUAUUUGCGUAGAAAUCGAGUAUUUUCGAGAUUCUGAACACUCGUAGGGAUGCCAAGAGCGUCAGUUAUUACGUGAUAUUGUUAUUAUGUAUUCGAUAAUCUAUUUAUUUUUAAUUAAUUGUAUUUCUAUAAAUCAUUUGCAUCAACAAGAAUCACUUCAUUGAAUAAACAAUAUUUUAU